AGUAAUAAACAAAACCGGCAUGAAGUAGAAGGAUUAGAAUUUGUUUAUUUUAAUGAUUUAUUUAGCAUUUCUUGUUGUACAAAUUGAAACAACAAAAGAUAGUUUUUAAUAAUGCAGGAAUUUAAAAACAUAUUAACAAUUUGUUUGAUUUUUAUGAUUUCUAUACAAAGUGUGUUAACAAAACUUAGCCAAAAUGUUGUAAUAGAUAAUGUAAAUGAUAUUAAAGAACUAAAAAAAAUUUUUAGAACCAAAACAAAUGUGCUGGUAAUGUUUGUCGAAAAUACUAAAGAUGUCAACAUAAAAGUGUUCAAAGAAGCUGCAGAAAUUGUUAAAGGUGUUGGUACUAUGGUGUUAAUUGAUUGUUCAAAUAAUGAAAAGAAGAAAAUAUGUAAAAAGCUAAAAGUUCAACCUUCGCCGCAUAUAUUAAAACAUUAUAAGGACGGAGACUUUCACAAAGAUUAUGAUAGACAAAUGCAAGUUUCAAGUAUGGUUAAUUUUAUGAGGGAUCCAUCUGGAGAUUUACCUUGGGAAGAAGAUCCAAAAGGAGCGGAUGUUUUACAUAUCGCUGAUAUUAAUCAAUUAAAUAAAAUUUUAAAAAAAGAGCAUAAACCAAUGCUUAUAAUGUUUUAUGCUCCUUGGUGUGGAUUUUGUAAAAAAUUAAAACCAGAUUACGGUGAAGCCGCAAGUGAACUAAAAGGGAAGUAUGUUAUUGCAGCAAUGGAUGUAGAUAGACCUGAAAACACACCUGCUAGACGUCUAUAUAAUAUUACCGGUUUUCCAACAUUGCUUUAUUUUGAAAAUGGAAAAAUGAAAUAUUCUUAUGAAGGAGAAAACAAUAAAGCUGGUUUGAUAAGCUUUAUGGAAAAUCCUACAGCACCACCGAUUGCCAAACCAAAAGAAGAUGAUUGGUCAGUUGAUCCAACUUCUGAAAUUGUCCAUUUGACAACAACUGGUUUUGAACCAGCUCUAAAGGAUGAAAAGUCUGUUUUAGUAAUGUUUCACGCUCCUUGGUGUGGACAUUGCAAGCGUAUGAAACCCGAAUAUGAAAAGGCUGCUGUGCAAAUGCGAAACGAAAAAAUACCUGGUAUUUUAGCAGCUUUAGAUGCAACAAAAGAAACGGCAAUAGCUCAAAAAUAUGGAGUAAAAGGAUAUCCAACCGUGAAAUAUUUUGUAAACGGAGAAUUCAAGUUUGAUGUCAACAUUCGCGAUGCCGAAAAGAUAGUUAAUUUUAUGAAAGAUCCUAAAGAACCUCCUCCACCCCCGCCCCCAGAGAAGUCUUGGGAUGAGGAAGAAUCUGAAGUGGAACAUCUAAAUGAAGAAACAUUCAAACCAUUCUUGAAAAAGAAAAAACACGCGCUUGUUAUAUUCUACGCGCCUUGGUGCGGUCAUUGCAAACGUGCAAAACCUGAAUUUACGGCAGCAGCUGAAACUUUUAAAGAAGACCCAAGAGUUGCUUUCGCAGCAGUUGAUUGCACCAAACACUCAGCAAUUUGCUCUGCAUACGAAGUUCGUGGUUAUCCUAGUAUAAAAUAUUUCAGUUAUCUUAAGACUAAAAUUGAUUAUACAGGAGGACGUACUGAAAAAGAUUUUGUGAAAUUUGUAAAGAAUCCUACCGAUGAAUCAGCUCAAAUAAAAGACCCAGAGCCAUUUGGUGAUUUCCCAGGUGCAGAAAAUAUAUUAUUUUUAAAUGACGAAAAUUUCGAUAGAGAAGCCAGUAAAAUAAAACGACUCUUGGUAAUGUUUUAUGCACCGUGGUGUGGUCAUUGCAAAAGUAUGAAGCCAGAUUAUGCAAAAGCUGCCAUUGACGCUAUUGGUGAUACGCGUUUAGGAGCAGUCGACUGUGAUGUUAAUAAAAAGUUAGUUGAACAACACAAAAUAAAAGGAUUCCCAACAAUUAUAUUAUUUGAGAAGGGAAAAUAUAUCAGUACUUAUGAUGGCCCAAGAAAAGCUAACGAUCUUUUAUCAUAUGUGAAAGGAACUAAAUUAAAAAAAGACGAAUUAUAGAUCAUUUUCAUGUAGGACAUUUUUUUAUUUUAAAUUUUGUCUUCCUUUCACCAUUCAUAAUUGAAUUUUUGUCUUUGACAAAGAAAACUUAAAACGACUAAGCAAUUUUUUUUUUAAUAAUUAGGGAAAUUGAAUGUAACACAAAUAUAUUUUUUCUAUUAAAGUUUAAAAUAUUAAUAUUAACAAAAACGAACUAUUUGUAUUAUCCAUUCCUACCAA